GGAGUAAAAAAUACAGGCCUGCAGGAAUAUAUCGCCUGUGUUUGGAACGGCCGAAUGUGGAACAGUGGCUUUAGGCGGGUGUAUUAUCUUUGCUGCUUGUUGUCACUGGCUCUGCAGGUCAAUAUAGGUUAUGCAAUCCUGGAUAGCCGGGAAGGAUUUGCCGAGCUGGGCAGUGUGUGGCGCCUGACCGUGUGACGGUACGUCCGCCGGCGGCCGGCGCCAUGUGGCCCCCCACGUACGCGCACCACCACUCGUCGCGCUGCAAGUCGGCGCUGCGCCCUCUGGCUCCACUUGCCUGGACCUACGAGAUGCGCCGCGAGAUGCAGGAGAUCCUGCCCGGCCUUUUCCUGGGUCCGUACAACGCGGCCAGCAGGACCCAGCUGGAUCACCUGCAGCAGGUGGGCAUCACGCACAUCGUCUGCGUGCGACGGAGCGACGAGGCCAGUCGCAUACGGCCGAACUUCCCACACAUGUUCCAGUACCUGGAGGUGGAGCUGUCGGGCGCGGCCGAACAGGGCGUGCUGAGCCACGUGGCGCCGGUCAGCGCCUUCCUGGACGAGGCGCUCUGCUCGGGCGGUCGCGCGCUGGUGCACGGCAACCUGGGCAUCUCGCUGUCGGCCGCACUCGUCGUGGCGUACGUCAUGCGGCGGCUCUCGCUGUCAUUUGGGGCCGCCAGCAGUCUGGUGGCGGAGCGGCGCUACUGUGUCCAUCUCAGUCCGGCCCUGGUGCACCAGCUGCACGAGUACGAGCCCAUCUGCCGCGCUGAGGCGGCCUUCCUCGGCGGCCACUGCAGCGGCGGCCGCCGGCGCCACAAGCGCUCCUGCGACCAGCUGGAGGACGACAACGAGCCCAUGGACCUGACCACGUGAGGGCGCUGGCCGGCCGUCGUCGGCCGCGCUGUCGCCCCGCCGCGUCCGGUGGUCGCCGUGUGCUCGGGUGACAGGAGUGCGCGCGGGCGCCGUCCACACGGAGCCGUCCGCACCGUCGGCUCGGCACCGGGGCGCAGCGCACUGCAGGAGCUGAGCCCAUGCAGGCUGGGACGGCGCCGGCCCGUCUCCCCGGACUGUCCGUCAGCGUUGUCUGCCGUCCCGGCCCGGAGAGGCAGGCGAACUUUGACAGCCCCUCGUCACUGGAUGGCAGGUCCGAGCUGCACUGACCGGGUUUCAGACUAGUUGGCGUGUUGUGGGCACCUCCGGCGGACCCGGAUGUACGGUUUUAGGCAGGCUCUGAGCUGGUGGAGGAGCUGGAGGCAGCUACAAUGCGCCGGCGACGCGCUGCCGCUGCGUGUCCCCCGUCCGGGUGUACUGCGCUGGCUUUCUGUGCGCAGUGCCGCGCAGUUGGGGCUGCCGUGAGGCUCCUACCAGCUGGCCCUUGGCCGUCACCCGCGUGGUCGGGCGGCCGGGGCCGUGUCCCGUUCUCACGGUAGCCAGCCGGUGCCCGUUACUGCGCUCGGUGGCGACCGACUCGCAGCCGUGUCCCAAACAGGCCUGCUGGUGUUCUUGAGCACGCGCACACGCACAGCUCCCAAGUACUGCCUGGGACACUGCCUGCGGACGUUCUGGUCCAGUCUUUUGGCGUCGGAUCCCGACCAGCACCGCUCGCCGACGGGGCCGGCUUUAGCCUGGUGACUGGAGCAGCGCGGUCGGGGCGCUCCCGCUCCUUCAGUACCACGCCCGUCCGUCAGCGACCACAGCCAGCCAGGCCAGCCAGCCCUCGAACAGGCGUAAGCGAGGGCUUGCGCGAUUCAUCGUCCGGCGGUUCUGUUCCCCCCCGAGUGUGAGCAAGACUGCAGUAGUGUGCUUGCCGGUAAGUUGGCUGCCACAAUUUACUGUUAAACCAGGUUUACUGAGUUCAUUUAGACUCGGUGCAUGCCAAAGACACUGACAGGAAUUUUGCUGCAAGCAGAGUUACACCGGGCUAGUCUGUGCCGGCGGACAUGUCAGCAUGUGUACACACUCGCAUCCUCACACAUCUCUUCCUCGCCGUCUAUCCCACCAUAUACGCCCACUUCACUGCGUGCGCAGUACGCACAUCAUGUCAUCGCCCUGAUAGCGUCAUUCAGGGCAGGGCUUUAGGGGUUCUGCGUUUAUACAGUUUCGACUCCGUAUUUUAUUAGCGGCGUCGGCAAGCACUCGUGGCUUACGUCAGGCGUACCUGCAUGACAUUGGUUGGAUAGCGUGGACUUUCAGUAGCAGGCUGCGAUAAUCGGGUCUCAUACGUCCGCGGGGCAUGGCUCACGCUCUGUCUAUAUUCCCGUCGUGGCUUCUGUAUUGGUUAUUGCCGGUCAUUGUAUUGACGUGUCAGUGAACAUCUGGUGAGAGAGCCUCCAUCAUAGGUGCCCCGAGUUUGUAUUUUUCUACUCCCGUAUAAGUGUAAUACAUGCGUUACUUGGUUCUGUUGUCCGCGCUGUAUGCGACAGUGUGGAAUGCAAAGAAGCCGUGGAAAGUAAAAUAAAUGUGAAGUAACGGUAGGCCUGCUUGUGUUAUGUUUUGGGCGGGCAAGAUAAA